CGCCGUGUGGUGCAACAUGCUACUACCCCCACGACGCGUCUAAACACGUUUAAUAGUAGGCUAUCUUUCAUCAAACAACUGAAGCCACAUUAUCCCAGCAAAACAAAAGUCAAGAUGGCAGACACAACCAGUGACGAAGAUCGAGAGCGCCUCAAGGCUGCCUUGUGGUAUGCAGUCGGUCAAAUAGUUGAUGAAGAGUCCUUACGUCGCAACCGAAAUGCUACACCACAAUUCAUCGGCGCACUCACAGAGCUAGUCUGGACACAAAUCGAAAACGUUGCCACAGAUCUUGAGAGUUUCAGCAACCACGCUGGGCGAUCCACAGUGACAACAGACGAUGUGUUACUUCUCGCCAGAAAAAAUCCCGACUUGCAUCAGAUCAUGAAAGAGUUUGUUGACCAGGCCAAGGCAGAAAAGGGAACUGGCAAGGGUAGAGGGGGUGCGAGCAAACGUUAGACUUGUGGGAGGGCAUCUCGGAGUUUGGCGCAAUAGGGGCACUUGACUAGCGAGCCAGAAAUACGGGUAACAAUAUACAGCUUGUGAGAAAGUGCUGACAAU